AUGAUUCGUUUUCGAUUCGAAUGCAUUCGAAACCAUUCGAGUUCGAUAUGUUCGAAUCAAUUAGGAGCACUGCGGACAGCUAAAGAGAAGUACUUGGCUCUCAAGAUUGUUUCCCAAGCCCUGCAUUGGCUAGAAAACGAUGUAUUUACGGCACCUUUACCCGGACAUGUGUUUGUCCGUGCGUGGAGCGAUGUAUUCAACACGCUCUUUGCUCACUCUGGUCUAGGUGGUAUUCCUGGCGAGCUAAGCAGUAAGGCAUCACGAGAGUCUCGCUUCUUGACCGAAAGCGCGUUCAGCCAUAAGAUGGCGACCAGUACGAACCCUAAAAAAGCGGACAUGGUAAUCAGAAUCUUUGUCAAUAAGCCCUGGGCAGAUAAGAUCUGUAUAUUUGAGUGCAAGCCCGAGGCCAGUGAUCUUGUCCGCCACGUGCAACGAGAGAGUGUCCGUCUGAACACCGCCAUCCUCUUGACCCUAGAGGAGAAGGCCCUGACAUCGCACAAUGGCACCCUAUUAUUGCAGAAACUCGCAUACCACACCUCUCCACCAAUUACAUUACAUUCGACAUUUACACCUGUGGUAUGGCCCUCGUCGGCAUCAACACCUCAGACCACUUCGUCUCCAGGAAGCAUGUUCGAUGCUGUUGCGCCCGUCUCUCCGACACCCACAGCAGUGCCGCCACCACAAAAAUCAACGGCUCCUCCACUCCGAAAGCGUGACUUACCGUUUGUUGUGUUUUCUCCAUCAAAGUCUCAGUGA